GGGAGGCAGAGAGUAGGGGUAAGGGGUUUAUUGUUUUUAGCUGGGCAUGCGUUGCAUGAAGGACGAGGGGAUCAGGUGGGGCGAAGCCAGGGAGCCAGGACAGGAGCUGGAGAUGAACCGGGAACAGGGCUGGAGACAAAGGCAGGUUCAGGCAGGGGAAAGCUGAGGGAACAGGAGAACAGGAAUUAAGAAUCAGGGUAACCGAUUAUAUACUAAAUAGACUGGUGAGUAUCAGCGACACUAACUGGUUAACAGAGUUUACGAUCUGGCGGUGUGGAGGAGUCCGGACCGGGCUUUUAAGAGCAGGCUGAUUGAGGACAGCUGGUGGCCUGGCUCCUGUACACCUGUCUCCACUCCUGUAAUCAAACGAACACUGACACACACAGGGAAAGGGGGAGUGGCUGCAGGCUAAGCAGAGGUAGAGGCCAUGACAAUAUCUGCAGCAGACACACUCUCAACUGUCUGCACUUCAGCUGCAGUAUCUACUCAUCUCUCUUUAACUUAAUCAUGGACACCCACUUUUACAACCCAAACAUGGCCAGCAACUUAGGAUGCAGCAGAAAAAAUGAUGAGGAGCUGAGGAUAGUGAUAGUGGGGAAGACUGGUAUUGGGAAGAGUGCCAGUGGAAACAACAUUCUGGGACGACAGUGCUUUGAAUCAAAGUUCAGUGCCAAGUCUAUGACUGUAGAUUGUUCCAAGGGCAAAAGUGAGGUGAAUGGGCAACGGGUUGCUGUGAUCGACCCGGGCCUGUUUGACACCAGGUUUGGCAUGGAUAAAACUACUAAAGAUCUCUGCCAGUGCAUCUCUUACGCUGCUCCUGGACCCCAUGUGUUCCUGGUGGUCAUCAGGCUGGGCAGAUACACUGAAGAGGAAAAGCAGACAGUGCAAAGAAUUCAAGAAAUCUUUGGCCAGGCUGCAGACAGAUACAGCAUGGUCCUCUUUACUCAUGGUGACCUUCUUGAAGGCACAACUAUUGAGGAAUUCUGGGCGGACAGCCCGGACCUGCAGGAACUUGUGGACAGAUGUAAUGGCCAGUACCAUGUCUUCAAUAAUAAGCUGAAGGAUCGCUCUCAGGUCACUGAGCUGCUCCAGAAGAUCAGAGAUGUUGUCCAGAAGAACGGAGGAAGCCACUACACCAACCAGAUGUUCCAAGAGGCAGAGAGGACGAUUGAAGAGGAGAAACAACGCAUCCUGAAAGAGAAAGAAGAGCAAAUACGCAAAGAGAAAGAGGAACUGGAGAGGAAACUACAGGAAAAACAUGAUAAAGAGAUGAAGAAAAUGUAUGAACGACUCCAGGCUGAGAGAGAGAGGGAGAGGAGAGAGAGAGAGGAGGAAAGUAAGAGGGAGAGGAGAGAGAGAGAGGAGGAAAGUAAGAGGGAGAGGGAGCAGAUGAGUGAGGAGAGAAAGAGGGAGAAGGGAGAGAGAGAGAAAAGGAGAUGGCAAACAAGAUGA